AUGGCUAGCCUUAUCAGCGAGUCGGCCGAAUCGGGUCGCUCAAUCAGCCCACACACCCGAAUACGGGCAGGAACGGAGGGGAAGUCCGGACAUGCCAGAAAAAGAGAAGGCGCGGCCCCACAUAUAAAAGUGCAAGCAGGGGAAGGAGCUCGAGUGCCGACUGAGUAUAAAUCUCUUCUCUUUCCUCCUUCGCUUCUUGUCCUCAAAAUGUUUACACACCGCACGGCGACCGCCGCCACAAAAGCGAUCCCCUCGAUUCGAAACUUCGCAACAGCGUCGCCCGCCGCAACUGCUCGUAAUCACAAAGUUGUCGUCGUUGGUGGUGGCUCUGCCGGUUUGACCAUCAGCCAUCAGCUUCUGCGACAUGGCAAGUUUUCCCAAGACGAUAUCGCUGUUGUGGAUCCGGCGACAUGGCAUCAUUACCAGCCAGGGUGGACUCUAGUUGGAGGAGGUUUGAAGACAAAGGAAGAGCUCCGAAGACCAAUGAACAGCCUGUUGGAUCCCAAGCUGAAGUUCUACAACGAUGGAGUCGCCUCUUUCGCGCCCGAAGAUAACUCAGUCACACUAAGCAAUGGCGGCAAACUCAACUACGAUCACCUUGUCGUCGUGCCUGGUAUCACCAUCAACUAUGAUAGCAUCAAGGGCUUACCGGAAGCUCUUGCAGAUCCAGACGCUCUAGUAUCAUCUAUUUAUGGCUACGAAACCUGCGAUAAAGUUUUUCGUACCGUGAAAAAACUACAGGGAGGAGACGCCAUUUUCACACAACCCUUGGGUAUCGUCAAAUGUGCGGGCGCUCCGCAAAAAGCCAUGUGGUUAGCAUUGGAUCAUUGGAAAAGAGCUGGCCUCUACAAUCCUCAAAAUACAGCUGCUUCACCGAUAAAAAUAAGUUUCGCUACCAGUCUUCCUGGUAUGUUUGGUGUUCCGAAAUACAGCGCCAAACUUGACGAGCUGCGUAAGCAGCGGGGCGUCGAGGGCUUGUUCCAACACGAUCUUGUCGCCAUCGAGGGUAACACCGCUGUCUUCAACCGUCUGGACACCAAAGACCAAGUCAAAAGACACUUCGAUUUCUUGCAUGUCGUUCCAAAGAUGGGUCCCCACGCGUUUGUCAAGAACAGCCCUUUGGCGGACCAGGCUGGAUGUGUGGACGUCAAUCAAGCGUCUUUGCGCCACAACAAGUACUCUAACGUCUGGUCCGCAGGUGACGCUUCGAGUCUUCCCACCUCGAAGACUGCUGCAGCCAUCACUUCCCAAGCACCUAUUCUCGUUCAAAACUUAUUAUCAGUUAUGGAUGGCAAAGAGCCAGUGGCAACAUAUGACGGUUACACCUCGUGCCCGUUGCUGACUCAGUACGGAAAAGUACUCCUCGCCGAAUUCAAGUAUGGUGGAGAACCGAAAGAAACUUUCGGACGCCUAUUCGGCAUUGAUCAGGCAGAGCCUCGCCGUGCGUUCUAUUACAUGAAGAAGGACUUUUUCCCUUGGGUAUAUUACAAGUCAAUGGUGAAGGGAACGUGGGCUGGACCCAAAGGCUUUAUUAACUAG